ACAAUGUUUAUUUGGGAUAUGUUAUGUAUAUAUAUAUGUGUGAUAAUUUGAUUUCAGUUUUAUAUAAUAAAUUGAGAUGAGAAGUCGAAGUAAUUCAGGCGUACGCCUUGAUUAUUAUCAAAGAAUGGUACAGAAAAUUAUUCUUUCCCAUCAGAAUCCGGUCACUGGUUUAUUCCCAGCAGGGCCGGAAAAGAAUCAUGCUUGGAUUCGGGAUAAUGUGUAUUGCAUAUUAUCUGUUUGGGGUAUUUCGAUGGCAUUCAAAAAAACAGCUGAUCAAGAUGAAGAUAGAGCUAAGACGUAUGAAUUGGAACAGACAUGUGUUAAACUGAUGAGAGGGCUUCUCAUGGCCAUGAUGCAGCAAAAAGAUAAAGUAGAACGUUUCAAGCAAACUCAAAAUCCAUUAGAUUCUUUACACGCAAAAUAUUCCUCACAAACAGGUCAAAUUGUUGUUGGGGACAAUGAAUGGGGCCACCUACAAAUAGACGCAGUUUCCCUUUAUCUUUUAAUUUUAGCACAAAUGACUGCUUCUGGUUUACAAGUAAUAUUCAAUUUAGAUGAAGUUGCUUUUAUACAAAAUUUGGUGUUUUAUAUAGAAUGUGCUUAUUGUACCCCUGAUUAUGGUAUUUGGGAAAGGGGUGAUAAAACUAAUCAUGGAUUACCUGAAUUGAACGCUAGUUCAAUUGGAAUGGCUAAGGCUGCACUAGAGGCUAUGAAUGAAUUAGAUCUUUUCGGAGCUAGAGGUGGACCUUAUAGUGUUAUUCAUGUCUUAGCAGAUGAAGCUCAAAAAUGCCAAGCUGUGCUACAAUCUAUGCUUCCUAGAGAAUCAAGCUCUAAAGAAAUUGAUUCUGGAAUAAUUUCUGUUAUAAGCUUCCCAGGAUUUGCUGUUGAUGACCCAACUCUCAUUCAACACACAAGAGAAACAAUAUUAUCAAAAUUACAAGGUCGAUAUGGAUGUAAAAGAUUUCUCAGAGAUGGUUAUAGAACUCCUAAAGAGGACCCUAGAAGAUUGUAUUAUGAACCUUGGGAGCUAAGAAUGUUCCAAAAUAUUGAAUGCGAAUGGCCGCUAUUUUUCUGCUACUUGGUUAUAGAUCAUUGUUUUCAAGGCAAUAAAGAAACCGCUUCAGAUUAUUUGAAACAAUUAGAAAAGAUAAUGAUCAAAUCCGACGAUGGAAUUAAAUUAGUACCAGAAUUGUAUGCUGUUCCUAAUGAAUUCGUACAGAAUGAAUACGAGGAACCAGGAACCCAAGAAAGAAUCCCACUGGGUUUAUGCCCGUUUCUUUGGGCACAAUCCUUGUAUAUUGUUGGGAAACUUUUGCAAGAGGGUUUCUUAGCUCCUGGCGAAUUAGAUCCUCUCAACAGAAGAUUAUGCUCUGAGAAAAAACCUGAUGUAGUUGUUCAAGUCGUGAUCCUCGCUGAAGAUAAUGACAUAAGGGAUAAACUAGCCGAGCACGAUAUUUUCGUCCAAACGAUUGCAGAAGUAUCCCCUAUAGAAGUUCAACCUGCUAGGGUAUUAUCACAUUUGUAUACUUAUUUGGGUAGAAAUAAAAAAUUGGGUUUAACUGGUCGAAAAUCCAGAGACGUUGGAAUUUUGAGCACCAGUAAAUUGUAUUCACUGGGAGACAAAAUAUUCGCCUUCACUCCUCAGAACUUUGAUAUGGAUGAAUAUUACACUAGUUAUGAUUCCGCCUUGUUGGUCGACAAAAUUAUGACGCACUUUGCGUUCUUAAGUAUGAAUUGGAAGCACAUGCUUGGCAGACCUACCAUUAUAUUGGUGGCUACACAAAAUCACUUAGAUGAUGGAAAAAUUCCACUCGCUAUGAUAACUACUAUGAAAAAAUUGAAAUCAGGUUAUAUAAGUGGAACUCGGGUGACUCUUGGAAAUUUAGCAGAAUUCCUGAGUACCAGUUGCAUAACAAACUUGAGCUUCCUGGGAUGCCAGGAAGAAGGCCUUCCAGAUAAAUUGAACCCCCAAGUGCAGAAAUAUUUGGAAGAGCAUCUCUUCAAGUCAUUAUCUUCAAAAUCAACCAUUCUGGAAUCACCUGCUGGUGGCAAAUCAAAAUCGAAGCAUCUAAAGAGGAAGAUGUCGAUUAGAGGAGCGGUUAAGAAAACUAGAUCCAUAAAUAUAGAUGCCGAAACUUUAGGAAUGGAAAGUAACAGCAUCCUUGAAAGGAGAAGUUCUGCAUUCUUUUCUCUAAAUGCAGAUAUUGUUGAGAAUAGUCCAGAUAAACAAGCUGCCUCCUGCAAAACAGGCGUUCCGGUAAUCAACGUUACAAGAUAUAAAACAACUUCUGAAACAGAAUAUGCUGAUACAGAGGUCGAUGAGCUUUUCGCAAUGUUGAGGGAAUCUGAUUCGCUUGAAGAACAAGGGGACAUUUUACAGUAUCUUGUAGAUUCUAGAGGAUUGGAUUUCAAUACAGGCAUGUUGGAACACGGAAAAGUUGUUACUGUACGGGACCUCCUCAAGGGGCUAUAUCAGAAAGCUUGUCAACAGAAAUUAUGGGGAUUAGUAAGACAUACUGCAGGAAUGCUUGGAAAGCGAGUGGAAGAUCUAGCCAAGGCUGUAACUGAUUUACUGGUUCGUCAGAAACAAAUUACCGUUGGAAUGCCCCCUAAUAAUGAACAUACCAUCACGGCACCCCUACCAGAAAAUGAUCUUCGACUCCUUAUCCACGAAGCUUAUGGUGAAGACGACAGUACCGCCAUGCUAACACAAGAGUUGUUAGUUUAUUUGGCGAUGUUUAUUCGUACCGAACCUCAACUCUUCAUGGAGAUGCUAAGAUUGAGGGUAGGUUUAAUCAUACAAGUAAUGGCUUCUGAAUUAGCCAGAACACUGAUUUGCGAUGGGGAAGAAGCAUCUGAACACUUACUCAACUUGAGUCCUUUCGAAAUGAAAAACCUACUCCACCAUAUUAUUAGCGGAAAGGAAUUCGCUAUCAGCAGUGUUGGCAGAGGCAAUUUUUCAAUUGUUACCAAUAAAUCCAGUCGAAUUAGUAAGAGGAGUCAUAUCACGGUUACACAAGAAAACGUUUACGAGGAAGUAGAAGCUGACAGACAGGGACAGUGGCUUCGACGUAGGAGACUCGAUGGUGCUUUAAACAGGGUACCCAGUGAUUUUUAUCCUAGGGUUUGGAGCGUUCUUGAACGGUGUCACGGUUUGGACAUUGCUGGAAAAGUUUUGCCGCAGAGUCUCACCCAGGAAAUGACACCAGGCGAACUGAAGUUUGCCUUAGCUGUGGAGACAGUCUUAAAUACCAUACCGCAGCCUGAAUACCGUCAAUUGAUUGUCGAAGCAUUGAUGGUUCUUACACUUGCAGCGGAAUACAACGUUGCGCCAAUACUUGGAGGAAUCAUUCAGGUGGAACAUCUCGUCCACAUUGCCAACAAGCUGUUUCUGGAAGACCAAAUGAAAUGUGAUGGGGAUGCCACCUUAUGUUGCGCAAAACCAACUAGAGAAACUACUACAAGUGGGAGCCUCCUUUGUGGAGGGGCAGCAUACGUUUGUCAACAUUUUUACGAUAGUGCCCCUAGCGGAAGUUUUGGAACAAUGACCUAUAUGACAAGAGCGGUUGCUGAAACUUUAGAUUGUUUUCCUACUCAUGGAGAGAUUGAUUGUACCAUCUGUUAGUGUCAAAUUCAUGAUCAUGAUCUUAGUUUUGAAUUAUUCUCUUCAUGAUUAGAGUUGUUAAUUAGUUUUAAGUUAAGUUUAGGAUGAACAGAUUUGGUGCUAUAUUGAAACUACAGAAUUGAGAUAUACUCUUAGGUAUUGGUAAUGUUUCAGAAGAUAAUUUUAUUUGAUUACCAAUUUGAUAGAACUUGUGCCAUAUUUCGAAUCAUCGGAGAGAUACUAACAAUAAUGAUAAAAAAUUUGUGUGAAUAGUAACUACAACUAAGAAUAAAAAAAUAUCAAUU